UAUACGCAUUACAUUAUAAUCGCUCCCGCUUUUCUUUUCUUUUUUUGAUCUCUCCAAAAAAGAAAUUUGCUGAUUUUGAUCUGCUCUUUACUUGGUUGAUUCUCAGAUUUGGAAGUUCUAAGUGAGGAGAUUGACGGAGAGAGAAAAAAAUGUUAAGUGGGCAUAAUUUAAGCCAAGGGAAUGCAGGAUCGUCGUCGGAUAUGCCACCAUUGCUUCAGUGUUUGCCUUUGGAGCCGAUUACAUUAGGCAAUCAGAAAUAUACACGGUCUGGAGAAUUAAGCCGGGUUCUGGGUGUUCCUUUUCGAAGUAGUACAUCGGAGGAUCACACUUUUGGAGUUGCACAUCCUAAACCUUCACCUCCAGUGGCAACGGAGGAGCUUAAGAACUUCAAAGAAAGUGUUCAAGAUGCCUCUAGGAAGGCCAGGGAUAGAGUAAAAAAGUUGCGUGAGUCAAUUUCUAAACUGGAAAGGUAUAAAGAAGCCUUAGGCUCAAAGAAGCAACAACAAAGUGAUAUCUCAAGUGGGGUAAACAUUGCAAAGAUCGGGAGCCAGAUUCAUAGAAACCCUCAUGACAUAAUGACCCAAAGGUUGGAGGAUAGGCCAAAAGGGGUGGGGCUAAACAAACGUGUUCGCACGUCAGUUGCCAAUUUACGGGCUGAUAAUAGGACUGCUUUGAAUCCAAGGCAGCAGGGAAUAAUAGAAAAGGAUGGUGAUGUGCUUUCAGCUGUUAAUGGGGGUUCUGCUCGAAUUGAAGAAAAGAUCUGCAGAUUGUCAGGUGAAGGUUGGGAAACAAAGAUGAAAAGGAAACGGUCUGUUGCAGCUGUAGGAAAUAGAGUUACUGCUGGUGACUGGGAUCUAAAACGAGCUAUGCAACAGAAGCUGAGUUCUGAAUCAAAGUUGCGAUCAUGUGAUACACAGGGUUUCAGAUCAAAAUCUUCCCCUGGAGUUAGUGGAAUCAACAGGUCAGAUGGUUCUUUGGAAGCUGCUGGUUCAGAUGCCAGUACAGUGCUUAGGAACGAAUUGGAGAGUACCUCUAUUCCUCGGGAUUGUGCAGCUAUGCUGGAGCAGAGGGUUUUAACGAAAACAAAUAAUAAGGCAAGUCUCCAGGAUGACAACCAAUCAAGUGGGCAGACUACAAUGCUAAAAGGAAAGGUUUCUAGGGCACCACGAAGUGGUUCCAUCAUGGUGUUAGACUCAUCUUCGAAAGUUCACCUCUCAUCUGGAGCUUUGCAGGGUUGGGAACAGCCAAAUCUAAAUAAGAUACAAGCGUUAGGUGUUGGGAGCAAUCAAAAACGGCCAAUGUCUACAGGUUCCUCUUCGCAUGCUAUCACCCAGUGGGGUGGUCAGAGACCACAUAAAAACUCACGUACGAGGAGAGCAAAUUUAGUGCCCCCUGUCUCUAAUGCUGAAGCUCAGAUUUCAUCUCAAGGCUUUGCAACACCUGAUUUUGGUGCUAGGGCAUCUGUUGGAACUGGUGGAUCACUGCUUGGCAGCAGUAUAGAUAAUGCUACUCUAAAAAUUAAGAGGGAACCUGAGAAUGUGUCUUCUCCAUUUGGGUUAUCAGAGAGUGAAGAAUCAGGAGCUGGAGAUAGCAAAUCAAAAGAGAAAGGAAUUGAUUGUAGUGAGGUUACUCUGCCUGCAUCGUAAAAGGUCGGGGCUUUCUUAUUACCCAUAAGGAAGAAACAAAAUAGCGUUCGGUACUUUACAAUGUAAUGUGAUUUGAUUGUAAGUAAUGUGAUUGCAGGAAAGAUAACAUUGCAGUGUUUGAUAUAUAAAUAAUGUAAUAAUUAAAAUGUAGAGAAGAUAACAUUGCAGUGUUUGUUUUAUAUUAAUUUUUAAAACUAUUCUUAUAUAU